AUGAAAGUUGGUUGCCUUUCCUUCCGACAGCCCUAUGCAGGAUUAGUUUUAAACAAAGUCAAAACGGUAGAGACUCGCUGGCGCCCUUUGCUAGCGAACUACAAGAACUGCACCCUUGCUGUUCAUAUAGCUGUUAACGACUGGCAAGAUGAAACAUGGAGAGCAAUUCUUUUGGACAGGUUUGGUAUGACACCAAAACAAGUGCAAGAUUUGUUGGAUGAAGGGGAAAAAUUUGGCAGAGGAGUUAUUGCAGGAUUAAUUGACCUUGGGGAGACAUCACUAUAUCCAGAAAACUUGCCUUCUGAAAAGGUUCUGGAGCUGGAAAACAAAGCUGUCCUCAGCAACCUACAACAGAAAUACUUGACUGUUGUUUCAAAUCCAAGAUGGCUCCUAGAACCAAUUCCUGCCAGAGGCAGAAGAGGUGUGUGGGAGGUGGACAUCCCUGAAGAACUGAUCCCUUCAGAAGCGUAGGCAUUUCCCCUCACUGUUAC